UGCUAGUUAGCGCUCCUAUGUUGAGAAAACCUGCCCGUUGCCUCUGUUACAUGAAAAAUCAAGCCUAGACCGACUCUUGCGUGUGUUCCCCUGAGAAACUAUUUAUAUAUGAACUUUCAAGAAAAGGGGAACUUUUUGUAUCCUAUAAAAUGCAUUCCUUGUAUGGGAUGGUCGGGUAGGAGUCACUGUUCACCGUUCAUUCGCGGAUCGUCGCCGUUCUCCGUUCAUUCACGGGCAAAGACUCGUUCUUCUGAGUGCUCAGAAUGUUUUUCGAGGUUGAAAUGCAGAGGAAUGUAAUAGUCCCAGCAGAUCAGAUGUAUACAGGUCUACUACUCCAACGAGCAAUCAUCAUACAGCUACUAGAGGACAUAGCAGAUAUGCAUGCGAGCGGGGAGCAUGGCUACUUUUUGGCCGUAACCAAAUUAAAGAAAUGCGAUCGUGGAAGAGUGAGGGACUUGACUGGUGAAGUGGUUUUCACUGUCGUCUUCGAUUGCCUCACCUUCAAACCUGUCAAAGGUGAGAUAUUGCAGGGUGUUGCUGAUCGCAUAUUGAAGCAUGGUGUGAUGCUGAAAUGUGGCCCUGUUGACAAGAUCUUUAUUUCACAGAAGAUGAUGAAAGAUUUCCGUUUCAUUCAGGGUGAGAAUCCAAUCUUCAUAAACAAUGACAACCUGAAGCUUGAAAAGGAUGGGACAAUCCGCUUCAAAGUAAUUGGUGUGAGAUGGAUGGAGAUAGAGAAGGAGUUUAGGAUGUUGGGCAGCUUGGAUGGUGAUUACUUGGGUCCCAUCUGAUAAAAAUCAGUGCCUUUCCUUGUUUUGUCUUGGCAUUGAUUCACAUUGUCCAUGCCUACUCGAUGUAAGGUACCUUUAUUUUGCUUACUGUUCCAGGUCUGGUCGAAGAUGUUGCUUCUUUUCUAACACAGAUGGCGGUGUAUAUAUUUUUGAUCAAGCAUUUUCUAAAAGAUUUUAAGGUUC